UGCUCUGCUCUGCUCCUGCUCAUCAUCUUCUUCUUCUCCGCUCUCCCUAAUCCAAAAAAAGGCGGCUGCUUUGGUCGCUCGCUCGCUCGCGCGGACGUUGGAGGAGAAGCAGCUACCGGGAUGGACGCCAUGGCCGUGCUCGCGAGGACCUCCCGCCCCGCCCCGACCCUCCUCGCCGCGACCUCCCCCGCGGUGUCCCGGCGCCCGGCGGCCGUCUCCUUCGCCGCCGCCGCCUCCCCGGGGUCCCGCGGCCGCGUCGCGCUGAGCGCCGCGUGGGGCGGGAGGGCGGCCAGGGGGCGCGUCUCCGCCGCCGGCCGCAUCGUCGCGUCGUCGGUUGAGCAAUCCUAUAUUAUGAUCAAGCCUGAUGGUGUUCAGCGAGGCCUGGUUGGCGAGAUUAUUUCCCGUUUCGAGAAGAAAGGCUUUGUGUUGAAGGGCUUAAAGCUUUUUCAGUGCCCCAAGGACUUGGCACAGGAGCACUACAAGGAUUUGAAGGAAAAACCUUUCUUUCCCGGUCUGAUCGAGUACAUAACUUCUGGCCCUGUUGUUUGCAUGGCUUGGGAGGGGAAUGGUGUUGUUGCAUCAGCUCGCAAGUUAAUAGGAGCUACUAAUCCCCUUCAAGCUGAACCAGGGACCAUACGGGGCGAUCUUGCAGUUCAAACAGGAAGGAAUGUUGUCCAUGGAAGUGACAGUCCUGAUAACGGCAAGCGUGAAAUCGCUCUAUGGUUCAAAGAAGGCGAACUCUGCGAAUGGGAAUCUGUUCUGACACCAUGGCUUGUAGAGUAAUGCUCCCAGAUCAGUGCAAGAACUGGAUGCAGUGCUUGUUCUUGAUUUGAGGGGUUAUGUAUGAGUUCAGAUCAGCAGAGUAAAGUAGCUUAUACCAAAGCUCGGCCUUCUCAUGACUGUACACCCUGACAUUCCCCUUUUUUGUAAUACCCAACAUUCCCUUUUUUGCGUUUGACCGAUUACUCUCUGUUGUCAAAUCUCCUGGCAUGUCUGUAAUUGGUUCAGAACAAUACCAGCAAAGCUCCAACUUCCAAGUCAUUAUGCAGAUGAAUGCGUUCAAAAUUAUCUCA